AGAGAGAGACAGAAAAAGCCACAGGGAUUGUGGAGAAUCUUUGAGUCAGUAGCUCUGACCUGACAACAGGUGGCAGAGGCAGAGAUUUGGAGAGUGACAUUCAGAUUUUAAGAGAAAAGAAGCAAAAAGAAGACAGGAGGGGAAACUUCAUCUAUAAGGCAAUGAGCGUUGGACUCAUAUGGAGGGCCCUGUGCCUGCUGUCCAUACUUUGCACUUUGUCACGCAAUGUGCACUGCACAGAGAACCAGCCAGAUCUCUCAGGCACAGAACGGGGACUCACCUUCAGCCACGUCUACAAGAUUGACAUCCCAGGAAGCUCCAGUUGCACCGUAGAGCGUCUGCCAGUCCAAGAGACAGGUCUGCAACAAGAUACCACAUCCAAUGGAGAGAAUGACAUAAUCUUCAAACACAAUAUUAGGCUGCAAACAUCCAAGUGUAACUGUGAGGAGUCAGAAAGCUUCAAGGAGCUGUUGUACAGAGUCAAUGGACUGGAAGAAGAAGUUAACUACCUAAAGACCCAGUGCACUCAGGGAUGCUGUGGAAGAGGAGGUGCUGCAGGUGUAGACACAAGCUGCAGUGAUCAUGGUACCUACCAACACGACACCUGCAGCUGCCUAUGUAACCCAGGAUGGGAAGGUCCUGAUUGCUCUGUGUCGUCCUGCCCUGACGAGUGCAGCGACAACGGCCGAUGUGUAGAUGGGAGAUGUGUGUGUUAUGAAGGCUACACAGGAGAAGACUGCAGCCAGCUGACGUGUCCAGGCGACUGUAAUGAUAAGGGGCAGUGUGUGGAUGGAAAAUGUGUCUGUUUCCCUCAUUUUACGGGUGAGGACUGCAGCAUCCCAAAGUGCCCUAAUGACUGUGAGGGCAAUGGGCAGUGUGUGGAUGGCCAGUGUGUCUGUGACGAUGGCUUCUAUGGAGAGGACUGUUCUACAGUCUUGGCACCUAAGGGUCUGCAGUUGAUCCAGAAGACAGAUGUCUCUCUUCUGGUGGAAUGGGAGACUGUCCAAGGAGCUGAGUAUUACAUGUUGACUUAUCAUCCCAAAUUUGAUGAGGGUGCAGUGGAGGAGGUUCAGAUUCCUAACUCUGAAAAUUCCUACCUUAUAACGGAUCUCACUCCAGGGGUUACCUACAUUGUCAAAGUCUAUGCAGUCAUCAAAAAGAUCCAGAGUGAAGCAGAUAUGAUUAAAGCCACCACAGAUGUCUCAACCAUAGAUGAUAUGCGAGUCACUGGCCAGACAGAGGUUUCAAUCCAAGUGGACUGGAAGAACCCACAGGCAGAAGUGGAUUAUUUCAGACUGACACACACCGACCCAUCAGGACAGGAGGAGGAGCUGAAUGUUCAGAGGAGUCAAGAGGCACGCACCAAACACACUAUUGUAGGUCUAUAUCCAGGAACAGAGUACCAAAUCUCUGUGCAGUCCAUCAAAGGAAACGCCGGAGGGAAGGCCUCUUUUACUACUGGUGUCACAGACAUUGAUGCACCAUCAAACCUUGUCACUACUGAAGUAACUGAAGACACUGCAACAGUCUCCUGGGAUAAGGUCCAGGCAGAAAUCGAAGGCUACAUGUUGAGCUACACAUCUGCUGAGGGCUCCAGCUCAGAGAUCUUUGUAGGCCGUGACAGCACCUCAUACAGGCUGGUUGGUUUGAGGCCUGGAGUCCUGCACACAGUCUACAUUUGGGCCUUCAGAGGAGACAAAGUCAGUGAAAAGAGUUCAACAGAAGCUGAAACAGAGUUGGAUGCUCCUACUAACCUCUCAGUCGAAGAUGAGACAGACUCCAGCUUCAGAGUUUACUGGGAUCCGACCCAAGCACAAAUUGAUGGCUACAUGCUCACCUAUAGCUCCUCAGAUGGGUCCAGGGAGGAAACCCCAGUUGGAUCGGACAGUUCUUAUGUGCUCACUGGCCUUAGGCCAGGGGUCGUCUACACUGUCUAUCUCUGGGCUGUCAGGGGAAGCAAAGCCAGCAGGAAGAUCUCAACGGAAGCAGAGACAGAAAUGGACGCUCCAGCUAACCUCAUAGCCAGUGACAUAACAGAGUCCAGCUUCAGCCUCUCUUGGGAUCCGGUCCAAGCAGAAAUAGAUGGCUAUAUCCUGACCUACACCUCCCCUGAUGGAUCUAGUAAAGAAAUCCCCGUAGGACCUGGUAGCUCCACUUAUAUGCUGACUGGUUUACGGCCUGCAGUCCUCUACACUGUCUACAUUCAAGCCAUGAAGGGCGACAAAACCAGCAAGGAAAUCUCAACACAAGCGGAAACAGAGAUUGACUCCCCCAAGGACCUAAAGGCUACAGAUGUGACAAUAGACUCAGCUCUUUUGACCUGGGCUCCUCCACUGGCAGACAUUGAGGGUUACAUCCUCACAUAUAGAGAAGAAGAAGGGAAUUUGCAGGCUAUUGAAAGAAGGCUUGACGCCAGCGAGACAAGCUUCACUGCAUCCAACCUGAAGAUGGGAAAGAGGUACAUUGUCACCAUUGUUGCUUUUAGGGGCAGCAAGAGGAGUAGGAUGGUGGAAACCCUUUUUAAAACAGUUGCUAUGCUGUACCCCUUCCCUAUGGACUGUGUACAAAUAAUGAGGAAUGGCAAUAACAACAAUGGCAUCUAUACCGUCUACAUUAACAAUAACCAAUCCAAGCCAAUAGAGGUUUUCUGCGAUAUGACUACUGAUGGAGGCGGCUGGCUGGUAUUGCAGCGCCGAAACACUGGCAAGCUGGACUUCAUGAAACGCUGGAGGCAGUACAUAGCAGGCUUUGGCAACAUGACAGAGGAGUUCUGGCUGGGUUUGGAUAAGAUAUAUGCGCUAACCAACACUCCUACGCAGUAUGAGCUAAGGUUCGACCUGGGCCUGGGCUCAGAGAGAGCUUACGCUGUCUAUGACAACUUUAAGAUUGCUCCGAUCAGACAGAAGUUCAAGCUCACAAUUGGCAAAUACAGGGGGACAGCAGGUGAUGCUAUGACCUAUCACCAAGACCGGCUCUGGACCACCAUAGAUUCAGAUAAUGACAUUGCCUUGACUAACUGUGCCAGAACCCACAGCGGAGCAUGGUGGUACGCUAACUGUCAUUUGGCCAACCUCAAUGGUAAAUGGGGUGACAACAGACACAGUCUGGGAGUCAACUGGGAGCCAUGGAAGGGACACCUAACUUCCCUCGACUUCACCGAGAUGAAGAUCCGACCUGUGGGAGCACUGUCCAGCAGAAAGAAGAGAUCAUUGAUGGUCAGGGAGAAAAAAAGCAGGGUUUCAAACACCCACAAGUAGGCGAGCAGCAGAGAAGCGCAGCGAAAGCAGUCCGCUCCAUC